AUGGCGCGAAUCCUCAUCACGGGCUCUUCUGAUGGUCUCGGUUUAGCCGCUGCCAAAAAGCUUGUCGCAAACGGACACUCUGUCAUCCUCCAUGCGCGCAACGCGCAACGUGCGAAAGAUGCCGAAUCCGCAUGUCCUGGCGCUGAAAAGGUUGUCAUGGGCGACCUGUCCAGCCUUUCCGAAACCAAGAGCAUGGCAGACGAAGUGAACAAGCUUGGUGCAUUCGACUGUGUGGUUCACAACGCCGGUCUAUAUCAGGGCCCUUUCCGCAAGACAAGCGAAGGCAUCCCGGCGCUUGCGGCUGUCAAUACGGUUGCACCGUAUGUACUCACUGCGUUGAUCGAUCGCCCCAAGCGUUUGGUCUUUAUGUCUUCCGAGAUGCAUCAGAUGGGCUCUCCCAGCUUGGAUGACGUUCUCUGGACCAAACGCGCUGAGAGUGAAUACACCGCAAACGCCGCCUACUGCGCGAGCAAGCUGUAUAACGUCCUGCUCGCCAAGGCUUUCGCCCGCAGAUGGCCUGAGGUGAAGAGCAACGCGUUGGACCCGGGCUGGGUGGCUACAAAAAUGGGUGGCAGUUCGGCAUCUGGCAGCGUUGAUGCGGCUGUCGAGAGCUACGUUAUGCUUGCCGAAGGAGAGGAAGAGAAGGCUAAGAAGAGCGGAAGCUAUUUCCAUCCAAGCAAGCGAGAGGGAACCCCCCACAAAGCAACAGAGGAUGAGAAGGCGCAGGAUGAGCUGAUAGAGAUCUGCGCCGAAUUCUCCGGAGUGAAACUUCCAUGA